AUGGAUCCAGAAACAUUUUAUACCAAGCAGAACUGCAUUGGAGGAGGGAGUUUUGGCAAGGUCGUUGAUAAAAGGACUGGCCAGUCAGUCGCAAUCAAAAUCAUCGACGUCGAGAAUGCCGAGGACGAAGUCGAGGAUAUCAUUCAAGAAAUCUCAAUUCUCUCCGAGCUACACUCCCCUUAUGUUACGAAGUAUCACGGGUCAUUCCUAAAAGGCUCUGACUUAUGGAUCAUCAUGGAGUUCUGCUCUGGGGGCAGCUGCUCAGACCUGAUGCGUCCUGGGUUGAUACCAGAGGACUACAUCUGCAUCAUCAUACGGGAAUUGCUGAUGGGACUGGAGUAUCUGCAUGGAGACAAAAAACUUCAUCGAGAUAUCAAAGCGGCAAACGUACUAUUGGCUGCGAAUGGGCAAGUCAAGCUCGCAGAUUUCGGUGUGUCAGGUCAGCUCUCGGCAACCAUGACAAAGAAGAACACAUUUGUCGGGACACCAUUUUGGAUGGCACCAGAGGUUAUUAAGCAAUCAGGAUAUGACCACAAAGCCGACAUAUGGUCCCUUGGCAUCACUGCUAUCGAGCUGGCUAAAGGCGAGCCACCCUAUUCAGAUAUACAUCCAAUGAAGGUGCUAUUCCUGAUACCGAAGAACCCACCACCGGUCCUCGAUGGGAAUUUUAGCAGGCCUUUCAAGGACUUCGUCGAGCUGUGCUUGAGACGAGAUCCUCGUGAGCGGCCUUCAGCAAAAGAGCUCCUGAAGCAUCCAUUCAUCCGCAAGGCGAAGAAAACGACAUAUCUCACAGAGCUGAUCGAAAGGCAUGAGAGAUGGCACGCUACACAUGCAAACCGGUCGUCAGAAGAUGAAGACGAAUAUGAGAGGGAGCCGCCGCCACGACCCAGUCAAGAGGAGGAAGAUCUAUGGGACUUUGGUACAGUCCGGCCAGCUGGAGGCAGAUCCGGCGGCUUGAGACCAAUGAGCGAUGCAGCCACAAAUGCCCGGGCCUCAGUUGAUUCCAGUCGCGCAUCGGAGGAGAGCGUCAAACACAGAUUCGACGGUAUGGACACUGUAAAGGCACCAUCUUCGCCUACCAAAUCCUCGGCUAAGGGCUCGCUUCCUACAUCAGCACUACCAAAGUCACCCACCAAAGUACCCUUGCCCCCAUCGCCCAUCAAACAAGACCAUCCCCCUGCACCUAUACCGAAAACUCCUGCGGCCAAUCUCGCAAAGCCUCAGCCGAAGAAACACAGUGAGAGUCCAGGGUCGAAUGAGUACAACAAAGCCUUCCAAGCACAAUUGGCUCAAGACAUGGGUUUUCUGAAACUCGGUGGCUCACCUUUGGGGACGUCUUCCACUGGUCCGCAACCAGUUGCUAAAGACGAACCGGGGAAGAAGGUACAGGCAAUGCAGAUCCCUGAUAUCCCUCCAUUUAAAGGUAACCCUGCGCGCGGUCCGCCGUUACAGAGCAUCCCUCCACAAUCCACCCAAGCCAGACCAAGUGGUGGACAGCCAUUACCCUCAAUCCCCACAAGCGUCUCAUCUCCUACUAUACAGAAGCCGCUUCCACCUCCAGGUCAACAACCACUUCCUCCGCUCAAUGUGCCACAAAGUCAACCACGAAAACCUUCAGACUCCGAGAAUUCCAACUAUGUUCAAGGCCAAGCACCUGGUCACGAGCUGACAGCACUCAGCUCUGUGAUGAUCCCCGCCCUCGAGGCGGCCUUACAUCGGAGGAGCCACAUGCUCAAAGAAUUAUCAAAGAGCAAGCCAGCAACACAAGCUGCUGCUGAAGUGCAACAAAGAUGCCAUCAAGGUCACGAUAGAAUUCGGAAACUGGUCAUGAAAGCAGCUGGCGUUUUCAGCGAGAUACAAAAGUGGGACCAAGAGACGCCAGUUGGUAUGGGUGGAGAAGUGAACGAUUUCCUAGAAGGGUUUCUUGAAGAAAUCUUGGUAAGAGUUGAGGCGGCGGAUGAUGAGCCGGGGUUUGUGCCCAAUGGUAGCUCGGAUCGACGAUGA